AUGGGUAUUCGAGGUCUAACAAAAUUCAUUGAAAGCAGAGCCGAUUUGUAUAUGGAAAAGUGCAAACUACAUGACACAAGUUUGGUAAUAGACGGAAUAGCAGUUGCAUUCGAAAUAUUCAAUGUAGGCUACCCAGUUUUGUUAGAAAAUGCCUGCUUUGGAGGUGACUUCGAUCUCUACAAUUAUGCUGUGAAUGCCUUUUUUCAUGCUCUAUCAGAGUGUAACAUCACUGCUUAUGUGAUAAUGGACGGUGGAGUAGAAGCUAAGAAGAUGGUCACUAUUGUCAGGCGUUUAAAAGAUAAAUUGGAAAAUAUUCUAAAUAUGUCUAUGAUUCCUUUAUCUGCUUUUGUAGUGAAAACAUUCAUAGAUAUUGCAGCUAGGCUGAAUGUGAAAAUGGUGCAGUGUGACUUUGAGGCAGAUGAAGAAAUAGCUAGUAUAGCGUAUAGACUAGGUUGUCCUGUACUUGGUCAAGAUUCUGAUUUUUAUAUUUUUGGUGGCUUGUAUAUCUCAUUCUCAAGACUCAUUAUGACUGUGAAGCAAAAACUUAAUAGAAAGAACGUGACAUACAAUUAUUUGGACUGUGAGGUUUACAGUGCAGAGAAGUUUGUGCAGAGCCAUCAUUUAAAGGAUAAAUCAGUUUUACCAUUGCUGGCGAUACUUUUAGGCAAUGAUUUCGUGAAAAAAGGUGUUGUCUCCUUGGUAGGUCAGGACGAAAGUAACAAUAUUGAAAAGUAUAACAGUGAAUCACAUAUACUGGAUGUUUUGGCAUGGCUUGAAAAUCAAACAAGAGAUAGCGCGAUCAUAGCAAUACUCAAAAGAUAUCCUAAGGGGAAAAAGAGGGAUAUCUGUAAAAUUAUCAUUGAUGCUAUUAAUGGAUAUAAUUACUUUGAUAGCAUUUAUUUGAAGUAUCUCAAUAUAUCCAUUCCAGAAGUCAAGACUGAGGUAGAGCCUCUUGAACUUGAAAAAUUUGUUGAUGUCGAUGAUAUAGAAACAGAAGGUAACGAAUCUGAUUGUGCAAGUGACUGUGACCCAGAAAUGAUUUUCACUGAGGACAACACUAUUUCCAAUCAGUUUUCUGACAUUUUCUUAGACAAUUUUAGAAGAUGCAUAUAUCCGUCUUGUUUCAUGGAUAUACUUUUGAGACAUAAGCAAUAUUUGAACGUUCCUAUGGAAGAUGUAACAUUGGAUAAUGUACAUGUUGUAGGUUUUGAAGUCCUUAGUGCAAUUUUCAAAAUAUUGACAGGCCUCAGCUCUGGUCUUUUGUGUAUUGGUAGAGUUGGUAGUCAUCUUGGCAAACUGCCUGUACCUGCUUAUAAUGAACCUCUACCAACAUUGCAAGAUAUUAAAAAUAUGAACAAUACAGAAAGACAAAAAAUUUUCUUCUCAGUACUCAAAGUAGAUGGUACGUUCAAAUAUUAUUUGAAUUUGUUUCCAAAUACGUGGCAUAUAUACAUUCUUGCUAUCAAGUAUGCAGUAGAUAGAUCUAAGUUAAAUUUGCCUAUGAUAUACUGUUUGAUCUUGUCAAAAAUAAUUAUUAGUUGUAUCGAUGAAAAAAUUGGGUUUUGUAGAUCUAUAACAAAAUUGAUGUCAAAAUAUUCUACAGAACUUAAUACAUCUGCAGAAAUAAAGGACGAACCAAAAUCUACAAGAUAUGUUUCAGAAUAUCUUGAGGAUAUCACAGCUAUAGAUUCUAUGCAUUUUAUGAGUAUUAUAUUGAGAUAUUUCCGAAAAAAAUCAGAACUUGCUACAAGCCCAGAAUGUCUCGAUCGGCGCUUAGUGCACUAUAUUUCAGAAUUUCAAAGUAUUUUGCUGUAUUUGAAGUAUCUGAAUAACGUUCUUCAAAGACCAUAUCCGAAUUUUGUAAUAUCAGAUUGUUUGAAUUGCACUUUUGUUUAUAAUUUUACUGAAGUUUUAAAAUGCCAAGAAGAUAUCGAAAAUUAUUUAACAACUACAUUCAGCAAAUCACCAUCUGUUUUGAGAGCAGUUAAUUUGGCUAUGAAUACUGUGAAAGAAUUUUAUUCUACUGAUCUUGGCACCCAAAAUAAUGUAAAUAAAAAUGAAAGUGAUGACGAGUCUCUGAUUGAUCUCACUGAUCAAAUGUCAUUAGUGCCUGAAGUUGAUAGCUGGGAGGAGUUAGAAGAUAAAUUGUGA